AUGGCAACCUUCUCCGGCGUUCACAACAUCACAGCCCACGAGGCCCUUCUUCAAGCACGUCCCACUUCUCCUACCAGCAGCGACAACAGGAGGAGCAUGAACAACAGCACUCAGCACUGGCGCCAUUCCAGUCCAUCUCCCAGCAACUCGAGGAUCCUGUUGAUCAGCUUUCGCUCCCGCGAACCAACUCGAGAAAAAGCUCGCUGCCGUGGCGGAUAUCCAUGCGGGCCUGGCGCGCCUACGAAGCGAUCGUUCGAAAGGAUGGAGCAACGAGAGGCGGAGGUAGUCAUGCUUCAGCAGCAUCAUGACGACGAGAACAAUAGACGGGACGCAAGUCGACAGAGACGAUCUGGUACUACUGGAGUAGGUCUUGGAGCAAAGGGAAAAGGUAUCACAGUACCCAGGAUCCCUGCGAGACCCAACAGCUCCAAUGCAGGCGCGUCAAGAGUCGGAGCUGGAGGAGCGGUACGAAAGCUGGUGAGGAAACUGAUUAUGAAACGCAUGGCUGAACGGCUACCACUUCGAUAUCGCAACGAGCUACAUUGUUGACUGAUUGAAGCCAUUGUGCGGUCUCUGGCUGAACAUAUUGAGGGUCAAACCCUACCGGAACUGGUCGCAGUGGCGGGUGUAGCAUGGCAUCGAUGCAACGAAUAUCUGACGUUACUGGUCCAAGUAAAGGAGGCUAUCAAUUCCAAUCAAAAGGUGGGGUCUUAAAUCAUAUCCGGAUCGGUAUCCCAGUCGGUGAACGGCCAUGACAAGAGAUGACUGAUACUUGAGGGCGACCAUCUGUAGAACCUACCGCCAAUGGUUCCAUGGUUUCGUUUGCUCGCGUCUCCCGCCUCUUUCUCUUUCUUUCUCACUUACCAUAGUAGACAAAUGGACAACUUUGUAUUUUUAUCUGACGUACUAUUUAAUGGGUGAAAACAACUGAG